UAUUUGCUCAGCCCCAGGGACUACACUAGUGUGCGCCAAUUCAACACCGUGCGAUCGUGUAGGUGUGUGUGUAUAUGUGUGCGUGCGUGCGUGUGCAAGGAGUAGUUUGUUGUUCCCGCUUUGGUUGACGUUUUUUCCUUUCCGUGCGUGUGUGCGUGUUCGUUUGUCAUCAGUGUAGUGUGUUCAGUGUUCGCGUACGCGUGCUGCGAACGUGUCAGUGAGUGAGUGAGUGAGCGGCGCCGUCCGAUUAGUGCGCAGCGCCGAGGGUGCCUUUGACACUUGUCUUGUUCCACGACCCUCGACGACGACGACGACGACGAUCCGCGGUCCAUCUUCGCUUUCCUUCCGCGAUCCGGCGAGUGUUUUUCUGUGUUUGUACGAGUGUGUGCGCGCGUGUGUGUGUUCCCACGGUUUGGUUUCGAACGAUUGAUAGUGCGCGACGCUAACCUACGAAGUGGAUCGACCCUAGCUCGAUCGAUCGAUCGUCAAGAGCAGAGAGAGAAAAGAAGAGGAAAGGAGAGAGGAGAGAAAGGAAGAGGGGAAAAAGAAGGGAGAGAGCGAGAGAGAGAAAGAAAAGAAAGAAAGGAAGAAAGCAAAACGAAAGAGAGCACUAUGAUGCGUUCGUACGGAGGCAACUCCUGCGCCACUGCCACUGGAUCGCCGUCGACGAUGGUCUGCGCCAGAAGCGGAACCGACCGGAAGAAGGAAGUAAAGUGAAGCGUUUUCUAUUCUUCUAACUUCCAAACAAAACCACCACCAAACCCCGACCCCCCCAAAACAUUCUAUUUUCCCCCGAAUUACUACUACUUCCACUACUACCAUUACUACUACUACUACUACUACUACUACUCCAACAACAACUACUACUACUACCACCACCAACAACAACAACAAAAGCGGCAAUGCGUGCUCCUAAAAACCAACUCUAAUUCCCUGCACACUUAAACGCUCGCUGGAGAAGCCAUUAAACCCCCUAAACGAGACGGAGGAAGGAAGUGUGAAAGAGAAAGAGAGAGAAAGAGAGAGCGAGAGAGAGAGAGAAAGAGAGAAGGAGAAAAAUAAAUUUUAAAAAACCCAAACAAAACCACAAAAACAAAGCGAAACCCUCACUCCCCUCACCACCCUGCAACAAACACAUGAGAAAAGCCUUCUUCCGCCCUUCGCCACGCCGACCUACACCUACCUCUUCCAUACUUCCUGAAUUCCUGUGAGUGAGGAUAGGCCGGGCAUGAUGAGCGAAUCGUGCCACUAAACUGCGAACAAGCAAAACUGUUAAAACCAAAAGCGCAACGCAACGAAAAACCAAACACACACGCACACGCUAACACAUUUUAUCCAAGCUACCCCCUGACCUGACCUCCCGCCCCCUCCUACCCCCCCCCCCGCCCCACCCCCCCGUAAACACCAAUCAACAAUAAACAAAACAAACUAAUAACCGCAAACCGAAUCGCUACCUUAAACAACCGUCAAAUGAAAGAUCUUAAAGCCAUAAAACUGUCAAAAACCGUAAAGCAAACUGACUAAACCGAAACCGAAAACAGGCAACAACUACUCCAGCAGCAGCAGCAACGGGCGUACGAGCAAGAGAGGUACACACAUCAACUAAAAGCAGAGAGCAGAGAGCUAACAGCAGCAGCAGCACCAGGCACCAGGCAGCAGGCGCUGCACAACACAGGGAAGUGCUGUGGCCAACACCAUCCCGUUGCACCGGAAAAAACCCUCGAGAUUCCUUGAACAUCCACAACCGACAACCCACAGCUGUUGAACUGUGACACUGACCUCGGGCAGACUGACCUCGUUGCUAAGCGCCCGAAGCCCCUUGAAGUUGCUGUCAGCGCGUCAGCGGAAAGCGGAAGCAGAAGACAAUGAAAGCCCCUCGCCAGCAGCAGUAACCAAGCUAAGCCACACGCUCACACACACACUUUCAUACACACUCUCACACACACACACACGCGCGCACACACACUACACAGUCACAGAGGACAAAGAGCGAUGAUUGAACAGGCGUACGAGUUGCGUACACUCGGUAGCCUAGUGUGCUUGAACGUCUGCCGCAGCGCCGGUGGUCGAAGUCUGCUGACCUGAAGCAGCAGCAGCAACAGUAGCAGCAGCAGCAGCAGCACCAGUGGUGCACAUCAAACAACUACAACACGGUCUGCCGCAAACACGCGGAAAACUCGAGCAGCAGCAGCAGCAGCAGCAGCAGCAGUGACAACGAUGCACCACCCCCUUGAAGUAGUUUGACGGACUCGGGAAUCGCAGCGGAAUUGCGCAGUCAGCUCCGCGCACUUGACUUCCGGACAGGCGCGGACGCAACAAGCACAAGUGAAAAGCAAAAGAAGCAGACUGCGAGGCGCAGAAAGCACAGCAGGCACUAAAGGAGAAGGGAACAGAGAAGGAAGGACGAGAGAGAGAGAAGGAAGAAGGCAAAGAGGAACGUACUGAGGUAAACAUCCCAAGCGCUACCCACUAGUACACGCUAGCUUAAAUCCCUUACUAC